AUGGCUGCCAUUAAAGUUGUUUCAUCUCAUGUUCUUGUUGUUAUAAGCUCUGUUGUGGUUCUUCUUUCGUCCCAUGUGAGCUUAUCUGAUGGACAUAAACCAAAAGGACUUAAGAUUUGUGGGUUUGAUGCCAUAUAUAAUUUUGGAGAUUCAUUAACAGAUACAGGAAAUGCUGUUCAUAUAGAUCGUACUGUUUGGCAAUCCCAACCUCCUAAUGGAAAAACUAUCAAGAAGGUAACUGGGAGAAGCUGUGAUGGGUUGCUACUAAUCGACUACAUUGCAAAGUCAUCUGGUUUUCCAUCCAUCAAAACCUACUUGAAUUCGAACGAAAAGGACUCCCACCACGGAGUGAAUUUUGCGGUUGCUGGUGCCACUGCAUUACCACCAAAAGUUCUUCUGCCGAAAUUGAAUAUCUCGGCUGGAUACAUUAUCAAUUCUCUCAACGAGCAACUUCAGUGGUUCGAAGAAUAUUUAAAAGGAUUUUGUCAAACAUGUUGUAAGGAAAAACUCAAGUCAUCUCUCUUUAUAAUCGGAAUUGGGGUUAAUGACUACAGCCAAGCAUUAUUCCCUGCCAAGAAGACAGUUGAGGAGGUGAUAAAGAUGGGGUUGGUUUCUGAAGUUGUAGAAACCAUUCAAAAAGCCAUAGAAAAAGUCAUCAGCUAUGGUGCUACUCGAGUCUUGGUCCCUGGAUCCUAUCCAUUUGGUUGUGCACCAGGCUUUCUUGGAUCUUUCAGGAUGUUGAAUUAUACGAAAGAUGAACAUGGGUUUGAAACAAUGACGGAAGUUUGCUGCGGAGGACCAGGUGCAAUACGAUGUGGACAGCCUGGAUCCUCAUCUUGUGCAGAACCUAAAAAACAUGUUUUCUGGGAUGGAGUUCUUAUUGUUGUAAGCUCUGUUGUAGUUCUUCUCUUGUCCCGUGUGAGCUCAUUUGAAGGAAAUGAACCAAAAGGACUUAAGAUUUGUGGGUUUGAUGCCAUAUAUAAUUUUGGAGAUUCAUUAACAGAUACAGGAAAUGCUGUUCAUAUAGAUCGUACUGUUUGGCAAUCCCAACCUCCUAAUGGAAAAACUAUGAAGAAGGUAACUGGGAGAAGCUGUGAUGGGUUGCUACUAAUCGACUACAUUGCAAAGUCAUCUGGUUUUCCAUCUAUCAAAACCUACUUGAAUUCGAAAGAAAAGGACUCCCACCACGGAUUGAAUUUUGCGGUUGCUGGUGCCACUGCGUUACCACCAAAAGUUCUUCUGCCGAAAUUGAAUAUCUCGGCUGGAUACAUUAACAAUUCUCUCAACGAGCAACUUCAGUGGUUCGACGAAUAUUUAAAAGGAUUUUGUCAAACAUGUUGUAAGGAAAAACUCAAGUCAUCUCUCUUUAUAAUCGGAAUUGGGGUUAAUGACUACAGCCAAGCAUUAUUCCCUGCCAAGAAGACAGUUGAGGAGGUGAUAAAGAUGGGGUUGGUUUCUGAAGUUGUAGAAACCAUUCAAAAAGCCAUAGAAAAAGUCAUCAGCUAUGGUGCUACUCGAGUCUUGGUCCCUGGAUCCUAUCCAUUUGGUUGUGCACCAGGCUUUCUUGGAUCUUUCAGGAUGUUGAAUUAUACAAAAGAUGAACAUGGUUGUUUAAAGAAUUUCAAUGACUUCUUCAAGUAUCACAAUGAUCAUCUCCAAGUAGGCUUGGAAAGCUUGAGAAAGAAAUACCCUGGUGUAUCUAUAAUAUAUGGAGAUUACUAUAACGCAAUGCAAUCUAUCCUGGACAAUCUUCAAAAAUUUGGGUUUGAAACAAUGACGGAAGUUUGCUGCGGAGGACCAGGUGCAAUACGAUGUGGACAGCCUGGAUCCUCAUCUUGUGCAGAACCUAAAAAACAUGUUUUCUGGGAUGGAGUUCAUCCGACUCAAAACACAAAUAAGAAUGUGGCAAAAAGGCUAAUUCAAGAGAUCUCCUCCAA